AUUCACAUGUUUUAUUAUUUUCUGUGGGUUUGGGAAGGUGUAUUAUUUUGAGUAAUUUAAGUUUCGCCUGAAUAUAUCCACCACAAAGAUUUUAAAAUUAUCUUUAUUACUUUUUUUACCCAUAGACCUUUUAAUCGAACUUUUCUUCUACAAAUUGUUUCAUUUCAUUUGUUAACAUACUUUGGCUUAUUUUAUAAAUUAUUCUCGUUUAUUUGUUAAUUUUAAUGUUUCCUUAACUCAUUUUAAAUUGAUUGAUCUGGAUAGGGUGAUAUAGUUUUGUAUUUAACCGAAUUCUAGAAUUUGUUGGAUGUAAUAAAUAGGACGGUGUGUAGGAGAUGGACUUUGCAGAUCUAGAGUCUACUACAGGUUUGAGGUUUAGCUGGGUGGUAUGGCCAUGUUCUCACGAGGACGCCGAGAAGGCCGAGGUGCCGGUCGGCUGUCUCUUCACCCCCUUGAAACAGCCAGAUGAAGAGUCACAGAAGGUUCCUCUGGUUGAGUAUAUCCCAAUAAGGCACAAGAACAGUGGAAUUUUCCUUAAUCCGUACUGUAACAUAGAUUUUAACACCAAGAAGUGGAUGUGCCCAAUUACUAAAAUUGAUAGUCCCUUCCCCCAGUUUUACGCAGAGAAUAUCACCCCUCAAAACCUACCCAUGGAACUCACCAAUCUAACCAUGGAGUACAUUAUACCACCGAACGUAACAGGUGGUUGUUUUCCACCAACUUUUAUCUUUCUAGUUGAUGUAUGUAUUGCAAAAGAGGAGCUUGAUCAACUUAAAGAUUCACUUCAACAGGUAUUGAGUAUGUUGCCGGGCGAAUUUAAUGUUGGAUUUGUAACCUUCGGAUCUGUGAUAAAGGUACAUGACCUAACUGAUGCUGACGUGCCAAGGUGUUUUGUACUUAGGGGAGGAUCAGAGCAUACAGCAGAAUAUGUUAAGCGAGUGUUGAACAUAGCCCAGAACAACAGGUUCGUUCAGCCCCUUAGCGCUUGCGAGUAUGCAAUCAAUGAUUUGUUGGAAAAACUGAUACCAGAUUCAUGGCCAGUACCUACCAACAGCAGGCCGAACAGAUGCACAGGCAGUGCCUUGAGUGUAGGUUUGAGUUUGUUGGAGUGUUUCGCACAAGGGAAGGGAGGUAGAGUUAUGAUGUUUCUUGGUGGAGCAUGUACACAUGGGCCAGGAAAGAUAGUGGAAACUAGUCUUUCAGAGUCAAUUAGGCAUCAUUUAGACCUUCAAAAGGAGAGCCAUAAUGCUAGACUCGUAAAGGAUGCACAGAAGUACUACACUGGACUGGCUAACUUGGCAGCUGGAAAUGGCCACGGAAUUGACAUUUUCGCAUGUUCUCUUGAUCAGUCAGGCCUAUAUGAGAUGAAAGUGUGUUGUGAUAAGACAGGAGGAGUUAUGGUCAUGUCAGACUCGUUCAGUAUGAGUGUAUUUAAAGACUCGCUAAAAUCAGUAUUCAAGAGAGACAGUGAAGGUAACAUGGUAGGAGGAUACAAUGCUCGUUUGACUGUAUUUACUUCUCCCGAGUUGAAGGUUUGUGGGAUCGUAGGAGGGUGUCAUUCUCUGAAGAAAAAGGCGUCAAAUGUCUCAGAAAACGUAAUUGGAGAGGGAAGCACGAAUGAGUGGAACCUGGGUGUUAUGGACAGACAAUCAACUUUGGCAGUUUUCUUCGAUAUUGACAGCGGAAACAGUAGUGUGUUGACAAAUGCGAUGAACGCAGUUGGCUUAAACGUUGGUGCAGUUAGUAUGAAGAACACAAGUAGUCCAAAUAAAGACGCUAAUGCAUUGUCUGGACGCCAGUCAUUUGUUCAGUUUCAAACUGUAUAUUUCCACCCAGACGGGACAAAAAGGCUAAGAGUUACUUCAUUUUCUUGUAAAUACGGACAACCAAACCUCGCAGACUUAUCGAAUGCUUUUGAUCAGGAAGCGGCUGCAGUAUUAAUGGCACGCUACGCCUUGUAUAAGAUUAGCACUGAGGACCCGCUCAAUGUGUUACGCUGGCUUGAUAAGAAGUUAAUUAGCCUCGUAGGACGGUUUGCAGAUUUCCAGAAGAAUGACGUCAACUCGUUCCGUUUAUCAAGUCAAUUCUCAAUUUACCCUCAGUUCAUGUAUCACCUGAGAAGGUCACACUUUUUGCAAACUUUCAACGCUUCACCCGAUGAAACAGCUUUCUAUCGCACUAUUUUGUGUAGAGAAAACGUCAUAAACUCGCUAAUAAUGAUUCAACCCGCACUUUUGGAAUAUUCAUUUGAAAGUGAAACUCCUCAGCCUGUGUUGCUAGAUGCAGUUUCUCUGAAGAAGAACGUAAUACUCUUGUUGGACACCUUCUUCCAACUGGUCAUUUGGUACGGAGAAACAAUACACCAAUGGCGUGAGCAGGGAUUUCAAGAUGAUACAAAUUACGCACAUUUUAAGCAACUGUUGCAGGCACCUUCAGACGAUGCCAGGCACAUUUUAGAUGAGCGUUUCCCAACUCCCAAGUUCAUUUUAUGCAAUCAGGGUGGUAGUCAGGCUAGGUUUUUGCUUGCAAAGGUUAAUCCUAGCACUACGUACACUUCAGGCUUACAGGAGUUUGACGGUUCAACAGCCAUCAUCAACACUGAUGACGUUAGUCUCAAGACGUUUAUGGAGCAUUUGAUAAAAUUAGUUGUACAAUCAUAAUAAUUUUUCUAUGA